AUUUGACAGUUGACACUGAAUGACUGAAUACUGACAGACACAGACAGUUUUUUUUUAGUUUUUGCUGAAAUUCUGAAUAAUGAAUAUGGUAACGAAUUUCCACAGCGGUGCUGUUUUACUUUAACGAACUAUAUUUAAUUAAAAAAAUUAUAAUAAUGGACUCUGACUUCGAAAAAAAAGUCGCAGAAGUUAAAUCUAAAAUAAAAAGUUAUCCAAAUUUUCCAAAAGAAGGUAUUUUGUUCUGGGAUAUUUUCUCAGCUAUAUCAGAUGGACCUACGUGUAAACUUUUACAAAGUUUAUUACUAACGUUUAUGAGAGCGAAAUUUCCCGACGUGGAAGCGGUAGUCGGCUUGGAAUCAAGAGGAUUUCUAUUUUCUUUCUCCCUGGCUACUGAAUUGGGAAUUGGAUGUCUGCCAGUGCGGAAAAAAGGAAAACUACCAGGAGAAGUCAUUUCAUAUGAAUAUACUUUGGAAUAUGGUUCUGACGUAGUAGAAAUUCAGAAGACCUCAAUCCGUCCUGGCAUCAAAUGUGUGAUAAUAGAUGAUCUAAUAGCGACCGGUGGCUCAAUAACUGCAGCGACAAGGCUUCUACAGAAGUGCGGUGCCAACGUCCUCGGAUGUCUUGUCAUAAUGGAGCUGGAAUCUUUGAAUGGACGUAAAAACAUUGAGAAUGAUAUACCCGUAUAUUCUUUGAUUAAAUAUGAUUAGGUAUACUUUCAUAGUUCAUAUUAUAAUACGAUAUGUAUAAAAUAUACAUUCAAAUUGAAUCUACUGCGGGUAUUAAUUGUUUGAAAUUUUUUUUUGUUUGGUAAUUGCUUUUGUUUGAUAAUUUUUAUAUAAUUUGAUUGAUAUUGUUUACGUUUUGACAUCACCAUUCCAUAUUGUUUUUAUUGUUUUAUUAGAUAUUAGAAAAUAUAGGAAAUUGAUUAAAAGGACAUAUAUUAAUA